UGUCAGCACCGGGUGUGCGGGUGUGCUCUCCGCGCGGCGCUAUAAAAGCAGCACUCAGCCUCGGAGUGAGCAACAGGUAACUCAGGUGAAGCCUCCUGCUCCCCUCUCACAGAUCUGGACACAAAAGCGCUCCGCUGCAGAUAGUCAUGGCUCCUAGACCAGAAGUAGAGGGAGAUAACUCCUCCUCUAUCGAUGAGAAGUCUCUGUCUAAAGAAGAGCGUCUCCCACCGGCUUACUCCACUCUGGUCCUGGUGAAGGAGAAUGAGGAGGCUGCGGAGGAUCCCUGGGAUCUCCCAGAGCUGAAAGACACUGGGGUCAAGUGGUCAGAUCUAGACACAAAGGGGAAGAUUUUAAGAGUGUUAACCGGUAUUGUGAAGCUGGUUCUGCUGCUUGGACUUCUCUACAUGUUUAUUUGCUCACUUGAUGUUCUCAGCUCUGCUUUCCAGCUAGUGGGAGGCCGAGCCGCUGGUGACAUCUUCAAAAACAGUGAGGUGCUAGCUAACCCUGUGGCGGGGCUGGUGAUCGGGGUUUUAGUCACAGUGUUGGUGCAGAGCUCCAGCACUUCCUCCUCUAUCGUGGUCAGCAUGGUCGCCUCUGGACUACUGGAAGUUAAAAUGGCAGUGCCAAUCAUCAUGGGAGCCAACAUCGGAACAUCUGUCACCAACACUAUCGUGGCUAUGAUGCAGGCAGGAGAUCGGAAUGAGUUCCGCAGGGCAUUUGCUGGUGCUACAGUCCACGACUUCUUCAACUGGCUUUCUGUCCUGAUUCUUCUGCCGCUGGAAGCUGCCACAGGCGUUCUGUACAAAGUCACCAAACUCAUCAUCGAUUCUUUUCAUCUCGAGUCCGGAGAAGACGCCCCCGAACUGCUCAAGGUCAUCACAGACCCUCUGACAAAAUCCAUCAUCCAGCUCGACAAAUCUGUUAUCUCUGCAAUUGCCAUUGACGACCCGGUUGGCAUGAACAAGAGUCUGAUUAAAAAAUGGUGCAAAACAGAGACCAACACGACUUUCUGGAAUGUGACAGUGAACACCUGCCCACCAGGUGGCAUCUGCUGGGAGGAAGGAAACCAGACUUGGACCCAGAUGAAUGAGACUUUUACCAAUUACAUAAAGAGAUGUAAUCACAUCUUUGCCAAUACGACCUUGUCAGAGUUGGCCGUGGGCCUCAUUCUGCUGGCUGGGUCUUUGUUCGUCCUCUGCACCUGUCUCAUCCUCAUCGUCAAGCUGCUCAACUCCAUGUUGAAGGGCCAGGUGGCUGUGCUGAUCAAGAAGGUGCUCAACACAGGUACAAAACCAGCAACGAGCCUUUUGCAUGUGAUGUUCAGCCUGUUUGAUAGUCAGCACAUCUGCUUCUGUGGUGAUGCUUGAUGAGCGACACAGGCACAGCCUUCCUGUUGCUUCUGGCUCACGUUC